CUCAUGUGAUGAUGCACAUACCUACCAUACGUGUCUGUCUGUCGACGUGUGUGUAACAUGAUUACCGACAGAUAAACAAACGGGAUUGUCCCACACACAGAAAAAGACGCGCCGUCAUGAACUGCCACGUCUCCCUCCCUCCCUUGCUAACACUCUCUCCAUUCAUUCGUCCGGCAGCUGAGUGUGCCAUUCACUGGACACGAACCGCCUGUAUCUAGGCUUGUCUCGCAUCAAGUCUUCAUGCCUCCCAGCCGUCAUCUCGCCGUUCCUGUCGAAGAACAACACAUUGUCCGCCUUCUUGACCGUCUGACCACAGCACCCACACACAGACAUAACAGACAUAAACGAACGACACACACAAUCGUCCAGACCACCCACAUGCUCACCUCCAGCCGAUGUGUGAUCAUCAGCACUGUUGUGCUGUUCCGCCGCCUCAGCUCCUCAAGCGCGUCAGCCACCGCCCGCUCGCUCUCCGUGUCAAGAGAGGCCGUCGGCUCGUCCAGCACCAGCAGACAGGGGUCCCUCGACAGGGCCCUUGCAAGGGCCAGCCGCUGCUUCUGCCCCCCACUCAGGCGGCCGCCUCGCUCGCCGCACACGGUGGCGUAUUGGUAGGGGAGUCUCUGGAUGAACUCGUGUGCGUGGGCUGCCUUGGCGGCGCGGCGGACGUUGGCACUCGAGUCGGAUGUCGAUGCCGAUGAGAGGCCGUAGCAGAUGUUCUCGUGCACAGUGCUGCAGUGCAGUGCAGUGCAUGGUGGCCAUGCCAUGACAUGCAUCAUUGCAGACAUUCGCAGACAGACAGACAGAUCAAUGGGAUGGGCGGUUGUCUGUCUGUCUGUCUCUCUGUCUGGGUGGUGGUCUCACUCACCGAUUGAAGACGGCGGCCUCCUGCUCGACAUAGCCCACCUGCUGCCGCCACCAAUGGACGUCCAGGUCCCCCAGCUCCUCACCGUCCACCAUGAUCGAGCCAUUCUGCGGCUCGUAGAACCGCAGCAGGAAGGAGGCCAGUGUGCUCUUGCCCACGCCAGAGGGGCCAACAAGUGCCGUGAAGGACCCAGGAGGCAGCUCGAACGACACCCUGUCGAUCGGCCCUGUGGCGGUGUCCUUGGCUGCGCCAUUCACCUCGUUUGUCCUUCUGCCGGCGUUGGCAAGUGUGGCCGAUUCCGCUGGGUAUGCGAAUGACACGUUGCAGUACUCGAUGAGGGGCGGCUGUGUGAGGUGGGGGCGGAAGUUGUCGGCCAUUGCAACCGCGUCAGAAACACUGUCCUGGGCAUCGCCGAUGUUUGGUUUUCUGUCGACGAGCUCGAAGUACCUCUGGGAGGCCCGGCGAGAGGUGGCGAUCGAUUGGUACAUGUCGGCCAGCUUCUCGAUGCCUGGUCAAAUCGGCAGGCAAUGAAUCAAUCGCACACGAAUUGUGUGAGCCUGCUCUGUGGUUAGUGACUUACCUUCAGAGAAUCUGGCGCAGUAGCCGCGGAAAGCCACGUACCUGAACAUAGAUAGAAACAGCCAGCCAAUAUCGAUUGCACUGCACAGGUCAGUCAGGCGCAUCCAUCGCAUGCGCUUACCUCCCAAUAGUGAGCUGGCCAUGCACCGUCAGCCACAUACCUGCAGCCCAGCCACAGACAGGUAGACAGACACAUGAGACGACCGACACGCAUGGACCGGAUGUUGGCUCGCCGUCUGCCUGCGGGUUUCAUCGAUCGCAUCGAUGGCUGGCUGACCCAAGAUGAAGAUGGAGUAGUCUGUGAUGUGGUAGAGCAGCCUCCUGCCGUAGCGCAGGAAGGUCUCCCAGUAGAGGGUCUUGUAGAUGACACGCAGGAAACCGUCGAUGGCACGACCAAACAACUGCACGGCACGCAACCGCAGAGACUCACGUGUACGUCUAUAUCUGUGUGUGGUGUGGUAUCUGCCGGCUUGCGCCCGUGUGGCUGGCUGGCUUCCUGACCUUCUUCUCGGUGGCUUCGCCGCCAUUGGCCUGCACCGUGGGAAUGGUCGAGAGCGCCUCAUUGGCGACGGCCGAGCAGUGGGCCAUGGCAUCGUUCUGCUGCAGGCCAUACUGGCCAACCUGCCUCGACGCGCGCCGCACCAGCACUACCAGCCUGACACACACGCAGACAGACACAGACCACAACGCCUUAAUUGUCCGGUCCGUCGUGCCAUCCAUGUUGGCUGUCGGUCUUACUUACAGGGGCAUUUCCAGCAAGGCAACACACGCCAUCCGCCAGUCUGUUCUGAAGGUGAAGUACAGGCCGAGGAUCGUGUUGAGAAAACCAGCAAGGACCUGCAUGGGAUGGAGGCAAUCCACACACACAGGCGAUGCGAUGGAGAGAGGGAGGGCACCCGCCGAUGGCUGCCAUCGGCUGUGUCGGUCUCGUACAUUCUCAGGCCCUUCGCUGAAGAUCUUUUGCAUUUCAUCGGGAUCCUGAGAGAGAGGCGCCAAGAAGGAAAUCGAUCACAAGCCCAUUUACGAGCGACGCCCCCUCUCGCUCUUCUCGUUUGCUUACGUACCUUCACAAGCCGCGAAUUAAGCGUCCCGACAGAGUGCGUCUUGAAGAAACUGACAAGACAUCAGAUCGAUAAGAUAACCCACGCGCAACCGCAACAGUCAGUCGAUCGGUAUUGUCUCUCCAGGGACGUCUGUCUGUGGGCUAGGCUACUCACGUACCCCUGUUCCUGCCUAAUUAAAUUCCCAAACAGCUCCAGCCUCAGCCGUGCGCUCAUGCGCCACUUGGCUAAGGCAAACAGAACACCCACAGCCACGUUCGAGCUGUACUCAAACAGACGCAGCCCAGCCAGCUUCAGAAACAAGGUCCGCAGGGGGGCAAAGGGGCCGAGGGCGAGGCUCAUUUGGCCCGAUGACGUUGUGAUUGCUGCGGCGGCCACGUCCAUGAUUCGGCCGUAGACGUGUGCGCGGGCGAAUGCGGAGAGGCUGACGCAGAGUGAGAGGACGAGGGCCGCUAUCACCAGGCCCGGCUCUGCCUUAUCCCACAGUUCACUCAUCAACCUGAGACACACAUACACACAGACAGGCAGAUUGACGGCGCACAACCACACAUGAGUGCUUUGCGCACCUCUUGACCGUGACGGUCGCAUCGGCCGGCUUCUCUUUGACCCCUGUCGCCGACUGCAACAUCUGAUCCUCAGCAGGACCAGCUGACCAAUCAGCUGUUACCGCAACAGCAGCAUCGUCGUCGGCAUCGCCAGUCCCUCCCGUUUCCUCCGCUUGGUGCGCGGUGCCGCUUGCAUCGGCCUCCCGCUGCUGCCGGCUCUCACCCUCCUCGUCACUCUCUCUGUCCUCACUGGGCUGCCUCGCUCCGCUGCUGUCUGGUGGCAAGAUGAUCGGUCUUUCAGGUAGCCGCACGGCAGACAGGACCAGGCGCCUCCUCAUCCCGCUGCUGAGUUCCCUCGGCUUUGCCGCAUGACGGUAAUGAGAGAACGACGGACUCGCUGACAGAGUCGAGUGAUAAAGCAAGGGCGGCUGCUGAAAACUGCACCACGGGAGAGCCGACGUGCACAGCGUCGCCAUAUCUCCGCCGACAAUGUGCAGCUCAGGCCUCAGAUGUGCGGUGCGCUCUCUGAUGAUCUCGAAGGUGCAUCAAAAGAUGCAAAGAUGGUAAGAUCUCUCUUUUCUCCACUUUCUGUCCCUCCACGCUUCCCACCAGCGUGCAUUCGGCCGCUGUUUUUCCAGUCCUG